GUUAAAAUCAUUCUCGUACACAUCAAACACCACACACAACGUUUUAUAAAUAUGGUUCAAUUAUAUACACUCCUCGGGGCUUGUGGCUUAAGUAUAGUACCGGCUCUAGCCGAUGUUCUCACACAAGACGCUCUGGCAACUGUCGCACAAGACUUCAACGCAGUUUUCGAGAAAAUCGGGAAGGAGACCGACCUCUCAAGUUUCACAGAAAUGCUAGCGUACGAUGCGCGCGUUUGCAUGUGUGGGGAAUGCGGUGAGGGCGAAGAUGGAUUCAAUACACUUUUGGACGGUCCCAUAUUCAGCAAAGUAAACGAGAUGUCUACACACAUGGGAGCCCUUACACAAGUGGGUGGUAUCUACCAGCACCGUAAUAUUUUAUAUAUGGGCAACGAUGACACUGGAAUUACACUUAUUGCGAAUUCCUUUGGAAAAGUCAAUGAAGUGGGAAAGAUCUCGGAAUACUACUUAGCAUGCAGUAUGUCGGACAUGAACUCGCAUAAAAAGGCAUUCAUACUCACACCCGAGGAGAUCGAGGCCGAGCAGGAACAACCAAAGAAGUACUCAGGAACCCUGGAGAAAGGAGUCAAGAAAGUGUAUCAGCAACUAUUAAACACUGCCACCGAGGGCAACUGGAAGGGUAUGGCAGAACUCUUCGCUCCACAGGGUGUCGUAAACUUUGGCCCAAAGUCCGCAACAGGAAAUGAUCAGAUUACAGAGAACCUUCCUAAGUAUAUGAGACAACUGGGAUUCCAUCCUCUACCGAAGAGUACCAACUUUAAAAACUUCCGCGUUCUACCCAAUCACUCUUUCGACUUCGAAUUCGUGAGUGUGUGGAUUGUUGCAGAAACUGAAGUUUGCAAAGCGGUCGUCGAGGGCACCGUGUUGGUGGAGAUGGAGGAUGCUGAGAAGAUUAAGAAAUACACAAUGGUGUACUCGGAAGUACGUGCCAAGAAGGCCAUCGAACUAUGCCAGAAGGAAGAUCGCGCUCUAAAGGCUGCGCGGGAAUUAGACGUCGAGAUGGACGGUGGCGAAGCAGAGGAGGAGCCGGAGAACUUAAAGCAAGAGCUAUAAAUGCAAGUGUACUCGAUAAGCAGGAUUGUCUGGAUUUCACAAGAUCUUCACCAGAUCAUUGUUGCAAAGCGCGGUUCAUAUACGUCUAUCUAAGCGCACGAGUCUCAUGUGUACCUAUGGUCCAGAAGGAUAGGGGUUUCAGGCCAAGCCACAACGCUUGAAAUAUUCGGGGGCGUCAAGUAUCAUAAAACAACAAUAAACUCAUACCACUACUGUUUUCGGCUGCACUAGUUGAU